AUUAGUGAGCAUUGGAAUGAAGGAGCCCGAAAAAGUAGAUUUUUUAAGAAGAUUCAACAGUCAAGGGUGUGGCCUAGUGGUCAACGAAACGGAUGAAGCUUUGCGAUUUCUUUCCAUUUUCUUAUGGCUUUGUAGGCAGAGUUAGCCGAUAUGGGAGGUAGCAGGUAUUCGGUGGAAUAGUCAAGGUGCGCUCAAGCUGGCCUCGACACCAACCUCUUAAAAAGGAACGGAUAUAAAGGAUCUAUAUAAGUGAUCAUCUUUUUACAUGGCAGGUGAUACAAUUAGAAGGUGUUUUGAAAAUUUAAGACAAAUUAGUCAGCAUUGGAAUGAAGGAGCCCGAAAAAAUGGAUUUUUUAGAGGAUUCAACACUCAAGGAAGCGGAUGAAGCUUUAUGAUUUCUUUCCAUUUUCUUAUGGCUUUGUAGGCAGAGUUAUCCGAUAUGGGAGGUAGCAGGUAUUCGGUGGAAUAGUCAAGGUGCGCUCAAGCUGGCCUCGACACCAACCUCAUAAAAAAGAACGGAUAUAAAGGAUCUAUUUAAGUGAUCAUCUUUUUACAUAGUAGGUGAUACAAUUAGAAGGUGCUUUGAAAAUUUAAGACAAAUUAGUCAGCAUUGGAAUGAAAUGAACCAAAAAAAAAAAAGUGGAACUAAUCUAGAGAAUUCAGCACCCAAGGUGUAGCAUAGCGGUUAAUUAAGUGGGUGAACAUUGUUCCUGGCUAGGUGAUUUCUUCCCAUCCGCCUACGCUUGAGUAGAUUGAGUUAUCCGGUACCUGUGCUGGUGGGAGGUAUUUGAUGGAAUAGUCAAGGUGCGCUCAAGCCGACUCUGACACCACCCUUAUGAAUAAAAUGAAUAUAAAGGACUUUUAUAAGCAACCCAACAGGUUUUCGAUUGAAGAUUUUUGUUGUUUUAUGUAUAUGAAUAUAUUCAGAAGUGUCCUAGUCUUGGUGGACAGAGUAAUCUGGUACUUGUGGCUGGUGGGAGGUGGUAGGUAUCCCGUGGAAUUAGUCGAGGUGCGUGCAAGCUGGCUUCGAAAUCCCACAAAGUGGAGGUCUGAAGAGGGUAAAGUGUACGCAGACCUUAUCCCUACCUUGGUAGGUAGAGGCCGUUUCCGGUAGACCCUUGGCCAGGACACCACGGUUAUUCAAAAAGUUAAUAUAUUUAGAAGCCCACAUUUACCAAUAAGUUGGUUUGCUGUUGUUUCUUCUCAUUGUUGUACUCUUCUUAGGGUGAGAAUACAACAUUGGAAAGAUUGCCAUCGGUAAUGUUAGAAAAGAGUAAGUGUUUUUUAUUUCGUGGUAUUUCAUAUUAUAUUUAAAUAGUAUUAUGUGAUCCCUAACUGGUGAACAAAGCAGAACAAAAGAAAGUAUGAAUUGGUCACAGUAUCAGAGUUAGCAUUUCAGCUGUACUCUGAAAUAGCCGUUGAAGUAUGCAAUAGUUUGUCAGAGAGAUUCCACAUUGGGUUUACUUAGGUGUAUGCUGUACAAUUUCACUUGUUCAUUACUUGUGUGCUUUUUCUUAGUCGAGAGGGCUUCAGGCGAGCAUGUAUGAGGGCAGACAUUUAUUGUGAUGGAUCAUCAGGGAGAGGAAAUGCAGCAAAACUCUUGAAAGUAGCAUGGAUGACUCUCCCUUUGGGAACAAUUAUCACAUUUGCAGGAUGUAUUUUUGUUUUAUGGUGGCAAGAACUAAGUUAUUCUAGUCAAUAUGCACAGGCUAUAUGGAUAAAUGGUUUUGCAUGUAUACUGGAGCUACUAGCUGAACCCUUUUACAUCUUAUCUCAGAAUUUGCUUCUCCUCAAGUUGCGACUGGUAGUUGAAAGUGCAGCUACCCUUUCACGUUGUAUAACUACCUACCUCCUCAUUGUAAAGCUACCCGGCAUGGAGAAAGUAAUUGUAUUUGCCUUGUCGCAAGUCGCAUUUGGAGCUUUUGUGUUCUUUGGCUACUGGGCCUACUUUCUUCUUUUUCACGAGUAUAGCAGAUCUGAUCUCUUCCCUUUUGGUGUAGGAAGGGGAGGCAUUGAUGAGCAGCUUUCAAAAAUGUGUAUGUUGUUUACUUUUCAAUCUUUCCGCAAGUUGCUUCUUCAAGAAGGAGAAAAAAUGGUUCUUGUGUGGUUGGACACACCAUAUAACCAAGCAGUAUAUGGGCUUGUAGACAAACUAGGCAGCUUAGUGGUUAGGCUGGUGUUUCUCCCAUUUGAAGAAAGUUCAUAUGCUACAUUUGCAAGGUCUGCAUCAGGUGAACGGACACAGAAGCAAAAGAAACUGGGAAAAAGCUUGACUGAAGCUAUGAAACUUGUUUUACUAAUAGGUUUGGUAGUCAUGGCAUUUGGCCCUAGCUACUCCUACUCUCUCAUUAGGUUGCUGUAUGGUCGCAAGUGGAGUGAUGGAGAAGCUUCAACAGCUCUACGAUACUAUUGCCUGUAUGUAAUUCUGUUGGCUAUGAAUGGAACAUCUGAAGCAUUUUUGCAUGCGGUCGCAAAUGAGAUUCAACUCAAGCGCUCAAAUGAUUCCUUGCUUGUGUUCUCAUUGAUUUACCUGGUGAUGAAUGUUUCUCUUAUACAUUCAGCUGGUGCAAUUGGGUUGAUUUUAGCAAAUUCUUUGAAUAUGGCUCUUAGGAUCACUUACUCAGGAGUAUUCAUCAGGAAAUAUUUCCAGGAUUCGUCCUCAUUUUCCUUUCGUAGCUGCCUGCCCUCUGGUUGGACCUUUCUACUUCUUUCUGGAGUAGUUACUCUAGUUUCAGAAAAGAUAUUUCUGGAUCGGGAUGACUUCUGGAGAACAUUUAGCAUUCACUUCUCAGUGGGCAUAGCCAGUUUCAUCCUAGCAGCCUUUAUCAUCUAUCGUCGCGAGAGGACCUUUAUCAACAAUAUCAUACGUUUCCGGGAGCAUGCUGACUGAAGAAGAAAGUCCUGCUCCAGUCAAACCAAGAACCUUAACGACAAUUCUUUGCUGCAUCCCAAAGCGGAAGUCAUUUUUUACUAGGUAUUUGUCAGGUUUCUACAUCAAAUCCAAGUGGUGUUGGCAUCUCAGAAUUUAAAUCGUUCAAAUCAAUUACUUGAAUUUUCCAAUUGUAAAAGGGUGUAUACUUUCAGAUAAAGUUUAGUGAAGGAUGCGAAAGUUAAUUAUUAAGAGACCACAUUUUUGUUUUUACAAUUAUUAAAAGACAUCAAAAUUAUAAGAUUUUUAUGAAGAUCA